AGGAAACUGGUUCAUUUAUAUAACAAAUAAAAAAAACUUCAGGCCGUGUUGUUUUAAGAAAUCAGUCCCUUUAGGAUUUCAUGUUGAAAUCUACUACUUGAAUUGGUGAAAUUAGCUGAACACAUGUUGUCACACAGUUGUGCUAUUUAGUCUUAUCUGAAAUGUUCCCAUGACAGCAUAUGAAGACAUUUCAUCAACACUGCAAUUCAUUUCCAGCUUCAGAAAUAUAGUCCAUUAUCACAAUCCUGUGCUUUCUUCAUCUUCGCUGUUCUUCGACCCAGAUGAGAUGCCAGUUCCCAAGAAGAGAAAGAAGAAGAAAGUCAAGCAGGAGGAGAGCACAGACUUGGUCGAGGUUCCUAAAGGAGAUGGUGCGAUCGAGAUGGGAGGCCUGGCCAGUCCAAGGCUAUCGGAGAGCCGAGAGCGUUUAACUCCCGAACCUCCUGAAAACCAACCUCAGAGAAAGAAAAAGAAGAAGAAAGCCGAGGCAGUUGAUCAGGACGGCGAUCAUGCUAACCUGGUGCUGAACAGUGACCUGGCGGAUCAGAACUCGGACGAGGAAACGACCCGGAAAUUGAAGAAGAAGAAAAAGAAGUCCAAGCCUAAAGUGACCGAAACUGAGCUAAAUAAUGACCUGGACAUUGAAGAUGAUGACAUCAUCACCGGCACCCAGGCUCCGAUCCCCCAGCAUGCAUUGUUCUCCGCUCCUCAGGGUCAGAGUCAGCCUGUGGCCAAGGUGUUCAUUGAGAGAGGACGCCGUUUUCAGCCUGCUGAUCGCACACAGCAGCGUAGGACCAGCACUCAGAUGGAGCCCAACUUCAUGGAUGUCCAGUCCACAUGGACCACCCGAGACGUAUCCAUGAGAGUGCACCGCGGCUUCAGGGUGAUCGGUUUGUUCUCUCACGGCUUUCUAGCUGGUUUCGCCGUUUGGAACAUCAUCGUGCUGUACGUUUUGGCUGGAGAUCAGAUGAGCACUCUGCCCAACUUACUGCAGCAGUACUACACCCUGGCGUACCCCGCACAGUGCCUCUUUUACCUCCUCCUGACCCUUAGCACCGUUUCAGCCUUCGACAGAGUGAAUCUUGCCAGAGUUCCGACAGCCAUCAGGAGUUUCCUCACUCUUGAACCUGUGGCACUCGCCUCCUUCUUAUAUUUCUCAGCUCUGGUCCUGUCUCUAAGCCAGCAGAUGACUAGUGACCGUAUUAAUCUCCACAGCAGUGUGAACGCAUCACUAUGGGUGCCUGGCUCAGAACGUAGUGUGCUGUAUCCCUGGAUCAUAGUUCAUCUAGUGGUCACUCUGUUGGUGGGCUUGGCCUGGGUCCUAGUGUCUACGUCUCCAGAUGUGGAUUACACAGAAGAGUCCUUGAUGGCCAUGAAGAUAGAACAUCCCAAAGUGGAGGAGAAGGGUAGUGUCACUGCCUAAGUAGCAGCACCGGAUGAAAUGUUCCAUGGUUGUACUCAUUCUGCACAGUGUACAUUUGUAAAUAAAGUUUUUAG